GACUGAUUUGUGGCAGUCUCUGACCGACUUCUGCAGACGACUGCAGCAAAAAAUGUCUAAUGCAAGAGCUUAUUCCUAUGAUGCUGAAACCACCUUCAUCAACUUUGAGACGCUUAAAGAUGAUGACCUGCAGAACGUAGAUUCCUGGUUCGACCUGAAAGCAAGCAUAGAGAAUGUCCCUCCUGCGGAGAACGUGGCAACAGGCUUGUGCUGCAAGAUAGACUUUGAAAAGUCUAAUCUUCCACAAGCUAUUGUUUCACCAAUGGUCAAAUCCAGUGAAAACCAUAAGAUGGAGGGAGAAAUGGGGCAGCCAAAGCAGAACAUUGUUGGCUCACUAGCAGCCUGGAGAGUCCAAUCAGAAAAUGCUUCAGCUCCUGCUCUUUCCGGGGCUUCUCAAAGGACACGAUCCAAAAGACUCUCCUCACAGCAGAAGAAUGCCCAGCAACGCCAACAGCAAGCCAGAAUCAGAGAGAGAUGCCCAGUCCCAUCCACCAAGGAGGAAGAUCCACCCACCAAAAAACAGAAAAUCUUUAACAGAGUACCAGGGAAAGCUGUGCCAGCCUGUAUGGCCAGGUCUAGCAGAGAGAAAUUGACUGGGAAUGAUCUCUGUUCUGAAGUGCCACUGAACAGAGAACGCUCCCCUGCCAGACCCAAGGGCAAGCUGACCAUGCCUGAAACACCAACAAUACUGAAAAGGAAGAAUCUGUCUGGGAAGCCCAAGAGCACAGAAGAACAAGAGCUGGAAAAAACAAAGCAAUUGCAGCAAGAGAUAAUGGUGCUGCGCAAAAGAAAUGAAGAGUUCCUGAAAGCAUCUAUUGCUGGCUUAGGACAACCUGUAAAGGCGGCUACAGGCCAGGUAACACAGCCAGUUGACUUCCACUUCUGUUCAGAUGAGAGGAUUAAGCAGCGCACAGAAAGCCAGCCUGUAAACGAAUAUAAGGAGCUGGAUUUUGCUGCUGCCCUGAGAAAGCACCCUCCAUCUCCGGCACGAGUGGCAAAAGGACCCACUAUCCCGAAACCUUUCCAUCUUUCCCAAGGCAACAAAAGGAAGUUUGAAGAAACUGUGUCCGAGUAUGUCCCACUUGCUCAGCAAAUUGUGAACUUCCAAAAGCGCACGCCCUCUCGUUACCACUUGAGGAGCAGGAGAACUGAUGAAAGUCUGUGUCCAGUUAAGUCACUGAAGAGCAAGCUUACGCAGCCCAAAACUCCGCUGCUUCAGACAAAUCAGCGCUGCCGACCUGUGACAUGUAAGAGUGCAGCAGAGCUGGAGGCGGAGGAAGUGGAGAAGAUACAACAGUACAAAUUCAAAGCCCGAGAGCUGAAUCCAAGAAUCCUAGAGGGUGGGCCAAUCUUACCCAACAAACCCCCCGUGAAAGAGCCCACACAGCCUGUUGGAUUUGACUUGGAAAUUGAGAAAAGGAUUCAGGAGCGGGAGAGCAAGAAGCAGCAGCAGGAAGAGCACUUUGAAUUCCGCUCCAGGCCAUGUCCGGCUAAAAUCUUGGAGGAUGUGGUGGGUGUUCCAGAAAAGAAGCCCCUUCCAAUUACAGUUCCAAAGUCUCCAGCAUUUGCACUGAAGAACAGAGUCCGAAUGCCUACUAAAGAAGAAAAGGGAGAGGAGGUGGUCCCCGUGAUCAAGGCGAACAUCAUGCCACACUAUGGCGUGCCUUUCAAACCUAAAGCACCUGAGCAAAGGCAUGUGGAAGUAUGUCCCUUUUCUUUUGACUCACGUGACCGAGAGCGGUGGCUUCAAAAGGAGAAAAAAAUAGAAGAGCUGCAGAAAGAGGAGAUGCCAAAGUUCAAAGCACUCCCCCUGCCUCAUUUUGACCACAUCAACUUGCCAGAAAAAAAGGUGAAGAACCCAACCCAACCAGAACCCUUCCAUCUGCAAACAGACGAACGGGGAGCAACUAAGUUGCAGAAUUGGCAGCAUCAGGUCGAAGAAGACCUGAAACGGCAGAAAGAGGCAGCAUGUUUCAAAGCGAAUCCAAACACUGUUGUGCACCAGGAGCCUUUUGUACCAAAGAAGGAUGUCAAGCCAAUAUCAGAGAGCCUUUCUGGUUCCGUAGUUCCCGAAAGAUUUGAAUUGGCAACAGAGAAAAGAGCAAAGGACCGCCAAGAAUUUGAAAAGCACCUGGCCAAGUUGGAAACUGAAAGAGAGAGGCUUCAGAAGAAGGCCCAGCAGCAGGAAGCCGAACAGGAGAAGAAAGAACUUGCCAAGCUGAGACAAGAACUGGUACACAAGGCCAACCCAGUUCGUAAGUACCGCAGUCAGGACACGAAGCCAAGUGACCGGCCUCUCACCAUGCCAAAGUCUCCGAACUUUUCAGACCGAUUUCGAUGCUGAGAUGCACCAACGUGUAGAUAGGAGCAAUCUCUUCCCAGUGUCCUGGGUGCAGAGGCAGAUAUUUUUUCCUUUUAACUUGGAACUCUUAAUGUCAGAUUCCAUUACUUUAUAUUAAGUAGUGUUAACCAUUUCAUGGAGGCAAAUGGCUGAAAUGUGCUCUGGAUGGAGAUCACCAGUCAUGUGGCUUCACGCAACAUGUAGAAAUCUUAAUUUUAAAGACUGAGUCAUGUUUUGAUAGUAUACCCGAAUAAACUAUUUUGCACACAUUAAUAAAAGGGUUUUGCUCUUG